GGAGAGAUAGAAGAAUACAAAAAACGUGCGUGGGGGUAAUCGUCCUAUAAAAGUUCUAAGGACCGCAACAUGACCUCAUUUUUCAUUGCUUCUCAAACUCUGAAACUGAUACUCCUCGCUCUUAUCCCUUCCCACAACAAACUCACAGCUUCGCUUAAACUCUAGAAUCUUCGGAAACUCGCUCUCGCAGUUACGCCAUUGUUGCUCUCGGCCUAUACUGCUCAUUUCUUGGACCAGUGCUAUUGUGGCUGGAUUUGCUGAUGAAUUCUGCCAUGAUCCUUAUAUGCAGAGCUAUAUUUGUUUUUUAGAGUAUUCUUGUAAUUCAAACAGUUUCAGAUUUGAAAACAUUAUCUUGUACACCUGUAAACAUUUAACAUUUUUGUGUUAGUAUAUCCAAUUUGAUCGAUGUUGAUGGUGUCUAAUGAUUUGUAUUGAAUUGAGGCUUUCUUUAGAUUCUUUUUGUGUUUCCACCUCUAAAUAUAUACUUGAAUUCAUAUGAAAUCUUGUAGAUUUAUAUUGGUUAUACGUGGAAAAAGGGGAAGAACUGACUUCAUCUGAAUUCUUGGAUACACUUCCUAAGCAGUGAAGAAUGGAGACUUUAGCACAACUGGAAGCAUUGUGUGAAAAGCUUUAUAACUCGCAGGACUCUGUUGAGCGAGCACAUGCUGAAAGUACCCUGAAAUGCUUUUCCUUAAAUGCUGACUACAUUUCUCAGUGCCAAUAUGUUCUGGACAAUGCAUCCUCUCCGUAUGCAUUGAUGUUGGCUAGUUCGAGCUUGUUGAAGCAAGUGACAGAGCAAAGCCUUCCUUUACAGCUUCGGAUUGAUAUUCGAAACUAUCUCAUAAACUAUCUGGCCAGCAAAGGACCUGAAUUGGAGCCCUUUGUGCUUGGAUCCUUGAUCCAACUCUUUUGUCGCAUUACAAAGUUUGGCUGGCUUGAUGAUGAAAGAUUCAGGGAGGUUGUUAAAGAGGCAAUGAACUUCUUGAGUCAGCAGGCACAAUAUCAUUAUUCUAUAGGUUUGAAGAUAUUGAAUCAGCUUGUUUCCGAGAUAAAUCAGCUCAAUCCUGGUUUACCUGCUACUCGUCAACGGAGGAUAGCGAGCUCUUUUAGGGAUCAAUCACUUUUCCAGAUAUUCCAGAUAUCAUUAACCUCUCUCUUCCAGUUAAAAACUGAUGUUGGGAGCAAGUUGCAGGAACUGUCUCUUAUGCUUUCCCUUAGUUGCUUAUCAUUUGAUUUUAUGGGGACAUCAUAUGACGAAAGUUCAGAUGAGAUUGGUACAGUUCAGGUUCCAUCUUCUUGGAAGCCUGCCCUUGAGGAGUCCUCAACACUGCAAAUCUUUUUUGAUUAUUAUGCAAUGAAUCAAUCAUUUUCAAAAGAGGCAUUGGAGUGCUUGUUGCGUCUUGCUUCUACUAGACGAUCUUUGUUUUCCAAUGAUUCUGCUCGAUUGAAGUUUUUGUCUCACUUAAUGCAGGGCACAAAAGAAGUUUUGCAAACUGGAAUAGGUCUUUCUGAUCAUGAUAACUAUCAUGCAUUUUGUCGUCUUCUCGGCCGCUUUAAAGUAAAUUAUCAGUUAUCAGAACUUGUGAAUGCUGAAGGCUAUAGUGAUUGGAUACGCUUGGUAGCAGAGUUUACAUUAAAAUCUUUGCAUUCUUGGAAGUGGGCUGGCAGCAGUGUUUACUACCUUCUAAAUUUGUGGUCUAGAUCAGUGACGUCUGUUCGGUAUCUAAAGAGUGACAAACCUAUCCUCCUAGAUGAAUAUGUGCCUAAAGUUAUAGAAGGUUUUGUAUCAUCAAGAUUUGAUUCAUUGCAGUGUGAACUAUCAGAUGAACUUGGUGAAAACCCACUGGACAAUGUUGAAGUACUUCAAGAACAGCUUGAAUUUUUUCCUUACCUCUGUAGAUUUCAGUAUGAAAGUUGCAGUUCAUAUUUAAUGAAGAUAGUGGAGCCUAUCAUCCAAAGCUAUAUGAAGGAAGCAAAUCUCCAAAUUCCUGUGGAUGGUUAUGAACUCUCUGUAACAGAAUGCAAACUUGCUUGGUUCACACACAUAGUUGCUGCAAUUCUCAAGACAAAGCAGAUUUCUGGUUUUAGUGGAGAAUCACAUGAGAUACUUGAUGCGGAGAUUUCAGCAUGUGUUCUGCAGUUGAUUAAUAUUUCUGACAGUGGAUUUCACAAUAAGAGGCAUAGUGAUUUGAGCAAGCAAAGACUUGAUCGUGCCAUACUAACUUUUUUACAACAUCUUAGAAGGUGUUAUAUUGGUGACCAGGCUGUUCUUUCUUCCAAGCAGUUAUAUGCCCGGUUAUCCGAACUUCUUGGACUUCAUGAUCAUCUACUACUACUUAAUGUUAUUGUAGUAAAGAUUGCCACCAAUCUUAAGUAUUACACAAAGUGCAAAGAGGUUAUUGAUCAUACCAUAAGUCUCUUUCUGGAACUGGCAUCUGGAUACAUGACAGGAAAGCUGCUUCUUAAGUUGGAUACUGUUAAACACAUAAUUUCGAAUCAGAAUAGGGAGCAAUUCCCUUUUUUAGAAUAUUGGGAAUGUUUCCGCAGCAGAACAACUCUGUAUUAUACUAUUGGCAUGUUGGUAUUCAUGGAAGACAGCCCCCUGAAAUUUAAAUCUUCAAUGGAACCUUUUCUACAGGUUUUGGUUAGAUUAGAUUCAACACCCGAUGCAUUGUUCCAAUCUGAUGCCAUAAAAUAUGCAUUUAUUGGGUUGAUGCGAGACCUUCGAGGAAUAGCAAUGGCAACUAAUAGUCGUAGAACAUAUGGAUUCCUUUUUGAUUGGCUUUAUCCUGCACGCAUGCCACUUCUUUUGAAAGGCAUUGCACAUUUUGCUGAUAUCCCAGAGGUAACAACUCCACUGUUGAAAUUAAUGGCUGAACUAGUCCAGAACAAAUCCCAGCGAUUGACUUUUGAGUGUUCUUCCCCUAAUGGCAUACUGCUCUUUCGAGAAGUCAGUAAACUGGUUGUUGCCUAUGGAUCAAAAAUUUUGUCUCUUCCUAACAAAGCAGACAUGUACACAUCCAAAUACAAGGGGAUAUCAAUUUGUUUGAUAAUUCUUGCUCGAGCACUAUCGGGGAACUUUGUCAACUUUGGAAUUUUUGAACUCUAUGGGGAUAGAGCACUUGUUGAUGCUCUUGAUAUCACUGUAAAGAUGAUAUUAUCAAUUCCUUUGGCUGAUAUGUUUGCAUUUCGAAAGGUUGCAGCAGCUUACUUUGCAUUCUUGGAGACUCUCUUCAAUGGUCAUUUAUCAUUUGUUCUGAGUUUGGAUAAAAAUGCAUUUAUGCUUAUUGUUGGAUCUCUUGAAUCGGGCCUUAAAGAUUUAAGUGAGAAAAUAUCAUCACAGUGCGCCACUGCUAUUGACAACUUGGCUACAUUUUAUUUCAUCAACGUUACUGUUCGAGAGUCAGCUAGCUCACCUGCUGCUCGUAAUUUAGCUGGACUCAUUUCUGAUUGCCCUGGGCUCUUCUCUAGAAUAUUAAGAACCCUAUUUGAGGUUGUUGUAUUGGAGGACCGUGGCAAUCAAUGGACUCUUAGCAGAGCAAUUCUGAGCUUGAUUCUAAUCAGUGAAGAGAUGUUCACAAAUGUCAAGGCUCAAAUUUUGGCUUCAUAUCCACCAGACCAACAGCAGCGGCUUUCUUUGUGCUUUGACAAGCUUAUGGCAGAUGUGACGCUCAGCUUGGAUGGGAAAAAUAGGGACAAAUUCUCUCAGAACCUGACCAGAUUGAAGUCUGACUUUUGUGGCAAAUAGCAUCUUCUUGGCAGAAUAAUUUUGUUUUUCUUCCUCAUAUGUGGUAGGGGUGUCUGAUUUGGAAUCCUGUACAUUUACAAUGAUUCUGUUUUAGUGGGGGAUUUUUUUUUUUUUUCCGGUGGGGCUUGAUGAAAGUUCUGCUGGCAUGUUGACAUGCCUUUAAUAGAAAAGCAGGGAGAGAUUAUAGCAACUCGGAGUUAAACAGGCAUAUUGAGAUGAAGUGAGGGUGAGAUGGCUUGCUGGAAAGCUCUUAACCCUUUUUUUUUCUCUCCCCAUUUAAACUAGCUGAAAAAUUGCCAAAUUGGAAUGGAAUUUGUAAAUUUUAGGUAUUUAGUUGACAA